AUGGCUCCAAAUAUAUCGGAGGACGUGAAUGGAGUGCUCUUUGAGAGCGAUGCGGCUACUCCGGACUUGGCGCUGGCCAGACCUCCAGUCCAAAAAGCUGACAACAAACCCAAGCAACUGGUGUGGAGGAAUAUCAUAUUGUUUGCUUAUCUUCACUUAGCAGCUCUGUAUGGUGGUUACCUGUUCCUCUUCUCUGCAAAGUGGCAAACAGACAUUUUUGCCUACAUCUUGUAUGUGAUAUCGGGACUGGGGAUCACAGCUGGAGCACAUCGUUUGUGGGCCCACAAAUCCUACAAAGCUAAAUGGCCACUAAAAGUUAUCCUGAUCAUUUUCAACACGGUUGCGUUCCAGGAUGCUGCUAUGGACUGGGCACGCGACCACCGCAUGCAUCACAAGUACUCGGAGACUGACGCCGAUCCUCACAACGCGACCCGUGGCUUCUUCUUCUCCCAUAUCGGCUGGCUUCUCGUCAGGAAGCAUCCAGACCUCAAGGAAAAGGGCAAAGGACUUGACAUGAGCGACUUGCUUGCUGAUCCUGUACUGAGAUUCCAGAAAAAGUACUAUCUACUGCUGAUGCCCCUAGCUUGCUUCGUUAUGCCCACGAUGAUUCCUGUAUAUCUGUGGGGUGAAACCUGGACCAACGCCUUCUUCGUGGCUGCCAUGUUCCGUUACGCAUUCAUCCUCAACGUGACUUGGCUCGUCAACUCCGCUGCUCAUAAGUGGGGAGACAAACCUUACGACAAAAGCAUCAAGCCCUCGGAGAACAUGUCGGUAGCGAUGUUCGCGCUCGGUGAAGGUUUCCACAACUACCACCACACCUUCCCCUGGGACUACAAAACUGCUGAACUCGGUAACAACAAACUGAAUUUCACCACAGCGUUUAUUAAUUUCUUUGCUAAAAUCGGCUGGGCCUACGACAUGAAAACUGUAUCUGAGGACAUUGUCAAGAACAGGGUAAAGCGCACUGGAGAUGGCUCACAUCAUCUGUGGGGCUGGGGUGACGAGAACCAACCCAAAGAAGAAAUUGAGGCUGCUAUUAGGAUUAACCCUAAGGAUGAUUAA